AUGGAUAUCACCCAAGAUGGAGAACAGCUAUUCCUGACAAAGGUGAUCCUCAAGGACUUUGGCUUUCACUACCAACUUUGCACCAAGGAAAGUCUCUGGAAAAAAGGCAAUGACCCCUGCAGGCUUUGUCUGCACUGCGAGGUUAGGGCACAGACAGAAAUCUUUCCAAGACCCACCCUCUGGGCUCUCCCAAGUCCCGUGGUCGCCAAGGGAGCGGAUGUGACCCUCAGGUGCCAGGGCCAACUGGGGAGUGACAGGUUCCAGCUCUGGAAGGAUGGAGAGCUCAGAGAGGAGAGAAAUGACUCGUGGUCACAGGCAGACUUUGUGCUCAGGAAAGUAGAUGAUGAGAGAGAUGCCAGAAGCUACAGGUGCCGCUCUGGAAAGGGGCCCUUGUGGUCAGAGUACAGUGAACCCCUGGCCCUGAUGGUGACAGGAGCCUUCUCCACACCCAACAUUGGAACUUCACCUGGACCCUUGAUAUCUCCAGGAAAAACAGUGACCAUCUGGUGCCAAAUACCCGAACAAUCCCCCACUCAGGACUGCAGUUUUGCCCUGCUGGAUGCAAAGAGCCUGGAGCCCUUACUGCUACAGAUCCCUGCAGGGCUCAGGACUGAAUUUUCACUUCCAUCUGUGAGGGCCAAGGAUACUGGGAGCUACAGGUGUAUUUACUACAAGAAGACACCACCACACAGAGCAUCCCAUCCUAGCCCAGUGGUGGAGCUGACUGUGCUUGGUGACUGCUCAUAAGAAUCCCUAAGUACCCAUUCCAUGUCCCCACAUAGAGGCCCACAAAAGUAGUGGAACAGCAUAAGAUCCAGGGAAUUCUAAAGGGAUGGUUGGAAUAGGGCUGGAAGGAACCUCUGGGCCAUCUCAGUUUAGGCUCCAGGAUAAUGGCGGUGUUCUCCACUCAGACAGGAUCUAAGGCAGAGAGUGAGACCAAAAGCAAGAUUUCUGCUGGUCCUCUCAGGGGGUUAGCAGAGGGGGUCUAGAAAUGACAUCUGACAUUGACCUCAGGCACCCCUUUCUCCUCAGGACAACUACCCAG